AUGGGCAUACAGCAUCAGACUGCUCCUGCUCUCUUUGGCUCCAUCCAAGUGUAUCAAUACUCUUGCGACUACCGUCUAUCUGAACCGUUUUUGGUCAACGAUCCAAUGGGCGGAGCUUACCUUGGGUUUCUGUCAGGCACUCGAUCAUGCAACAGAGUUAUAUGCAUGACUGAAAGCUUGUCUGUUUAUGGUCGCUUGCUUAAUAUAUGUCCAGAGGCCGAAAAAUACAAUUACGAUCUUGGCGAGUUUGUAGACUAUCUCGACUCCUAUGUUACCGAUAUCGAGCAGAAACGCUUUCUUGUUCAUCCCCAAUCCGGCGUUUCCUUGUUUCCAGAAUUUGGUCAGAAUACUUUCUUCAACAGUCCCACUGAAGGUGUUUCUGUUAUCGUCUCUACAACUUCGUUUGGUGACCUGAUCGAUGAUGUUUACAAGGGCUUCGCCUACCGAAUACAUAUUUCAUUUGAUCCUGACUCGUCUCGGUUUGUUCAGAUCCAAUUGCAACGACGAUCUUGGGUGUUCACCUUCAAAUCUGGCCAUUUUGAAUUGAUAAGCGGUGAUGGAGUUGUUGGCACGCUUCCUCUAUUCAAUGCUGAUAACAGGAGUACUACUUACCAAUCAUGCAGUCCAGAACUGUCUAAUUUCAACGAUGUGCUGAUUGGUAUGCAAGGAUAUUUUACCAUGAACGGUAUUGACGCGAGUGGUCUAGCAACAUCGUUUAAUGUGCCCAUCAGCUCCUUCAGAUUAGAACUUCCACCUUCGUCUGAAACACUAUACCAUCGUAUCAGCCAACCAUUAAAUUUUAAAGCUGAUGGUUGA